AAAAGGGUAAAACUUAGUCAUCUUGCUAGAAAAACUAAAAUGAAUGAUGUUAGAGUUGAGGAUAGUUCAGAAGAUAUAUAUGACAAGUUCUUCAGAAUUUAUGAUCCAAGAAGAGUUUUUGCAGUUGAAUUUUUUGCAUGGCUCCUUGCUCAAGGAAUAGAAUCGGACUUUAAUGACCAAAGCACAAAUAAUUUCUUUCUCAGAGUUGACAAACUACAAAAAGAUGCGUGCUGGAUACCAUAUCAAAAGGAGUUUGACAAAACUCGUAAG